AUGAUCUGUGAAAAUCGGGCUAUAACUAGUAACAGCAGUGGCAGGUUUAACGUCCACCCUGGUUCUUGGUUUCAGGAACCACAGGCGUCUCUGGAAGCUCCAUCACCACCAGCCCUGGGACUGCGGCAUCUAGGGAAGCCUCAGCUACCCCAGUCACAGGCUCUGAGAGCAAGUCAGCCUCACCUGGGGUAUCACCUGGAGCAACCCCUGGACCCGGAGGUGGCAGCACCCCUGGAAGACCAGAAGCUGGAAGCACGAGCUCUGGGAAAUCAGGACCCUCUGGUGUUUCUGCAGGACCCACCACUGUCCCUGAGAGUGAGAACACACCCGGGGCUUCAGCUACCCCAGCCACAACCUCUGGUAGCAAAUCCGGCUCCACUGGCACAUCAGCUAGCAUCACAAGGGAAGGUAAAAGCUCUCCUUGGUUACCUGGGACCACCGCUUCUGGAAAUGAACCAGAAAGAUGAACACAGAGUCCACACCUAUAGCAUGAUCAGGGGACAAAGACUACUAAGACCCAAAUGGAAAUCAGGUGUUACUACGCCUCCGGCUCCUUUCACCACAGUAGCUGGAAGCACAGGCACAACAGGAACGGGGGGCAUCCCCUUCACCAGUCCUGGGGGCAUAUCAGGGGGAACAGAAAGACCUGCUGAGUCAACAACUGGAGGUGAAAGAGAAAGCACUUCUACUGAACCAAGCCCUGGAGUCACAAGCCAAGGCAAAACUGAGGUGUCACCUGGCACAACGCCUGGAUCUGGAAGUAGCAGCACCCUCGGGGAAAUAGGCACUGGAGCUACACGUUCUGAACCAUCAGGGACCUCAGGAGUCUCUGCAGGUUCCCCCACCACCGGUCCUGGUAGCAAGGGCAUAAAGGGAGCCUCAACUACACCAGCCACAACCGCCAGAAGCCAGGCAGGCAAAACUGAGGUGUCACCUGGCACAACGCCUGGAUCUGGAAGUAGCAGCACCCUCGGGGAAAUAGGCACUGGAGCUACACGUUCUGAACCAUCAGGGACCUCAGGAGUCUCUGCAGGUUCCCCCACCACCGGUCCUGGUAGCAAGGGCAUAAAGGGAGCCUCAACUACACCAGCCACAACCGCCAGAAGCCAGGCAGGCUCCACCAGACCAUCAGCUGGUACACUUGGACCAUCUGUUGGUACACCUACUGGGCCAAGUGGAACAACCGGAGCACCAAGCGGUGAAGUGACACCGUCUGAAGGUACCACGGGAGGGUCCGGGGGAGCGACCACAGGAGCAGGCAGAGGAAGCACAGCUGGAGCAUCAGGCACUGGGGGCACCAGCGCUGGAAAGGCAGCAGGAACAACUGGAGGAACAAGUGCAGCCACCACUGGAGCUGGGGGUGAAAACACAUCUGGAGCAUCAGGAACACCUGGGGUAUCACCUGGAGUGACCUCUGGACCUGGAAGCAGCAGCACCCCUGGAAAAGAAGUCACUGGAGCCCCGGGUUCUGGAACCACAGGCAUCUCUGGAGGCUCCACCAUCACCAGCCCUGGGACUGCAGCAUCUAGAGGAACCUCAGCUACCCUGGCCACAGCCUCUGAGAGAAAAUCAGCCUCACCUGGGGUAUCACCUGGAGCAACCCCAGGACUCGGAGGUGGCAGCACCCCUGGGAGACCAGAAGCUGGAAGCACGAGCCCUGGGAAGUCAGGUUCCACCACCAUCCCUGAGAGUGAGAACACACCCGGGGCUUCAGCUACCCCAGCCACAACCUCUGGUAGCCAACCUGGUACGACUGGCACAUCAGCUGGCAUCACAAGGGGAGGUGAAAGCUCCCCUGGGUUACCUGGGACCAAGUCCUCGGGAAAUGAAACAGGGGGAACAGAAAGACCUGCUGAGUCAACAACUGGAGCUGAAAGAGAAAGCACUUCUACUGAACCAAGCCCUGGAGUCACAAGCCAAGGUUAGCAUCGGAGCGCUUAACCACCGCGCUAUCAGGGCUCGGCGGGAGAAAGAUGUGGCAGUCUGCUUCUGUAAACUUGGAGACCCUGUGGGGCAGUUUUCCUCUUUUCUGCAGUAUCAACUAUAAGUAUGAGUA